AUGGCUUUGAAGCGAAUCAACAAAGAACUUACAGAUCUCGGCCGUGACCCCCCCUCAUCAUGCUCCGCUGGUCCUAUGGGAGACGACCUGUUUCACUGGCAAGCAACCAUCAUGGGUCCCGGUGACAGUCCAUUCCAGGGUGGUGUCUUCUUCCUAGCGAUCCACUUUCCCACAGACUAUCCCUUCAAGCCACCAAAGGUCAACUUCACUACUCGAAUCUAUCACCCCAACAUCAAUUCCAAUGGCAGCAUUUGUUUGGAUAUUCUUCGAGACCAAUGGAGUCCUGCUCUGACGAUAUCUAAAGUGCUGUUGUCCAUUUGUUCCAUGCUUACCGAUCCCAAUCCCGACGAUCCUCUUGUUCCAGAGAUUGCCCACGUGUACAAAACCGAUCGUGCCCGCUACGAAGCAACUGCUAGAGAAUGGACGAGAAAGUUUGCAAUCUAA